GCCGUUCGGCCGUGCCUUUCCUCCCCCAGAAACCCUAACCCUCCCCUCCUCUCCCCCCCUUCCGCUCCUCUCCUCUCCCCUCCCUUCCCCUCUAAAGCCGCCGCUCGCAGCGAUGACGCCGCCCUUCCGGCCGUCCCCGUCCUCCACCGCCCCCGCCCCGCGCGGCUGCGGCGGCGAGCGCUGCGCCUCCGGCCGCGAGGCCUGGCCGCUCCACCACGUCCGCCACAACGACGUCUUCUGCCGCCUCUGCUCCUCCUGCGUCCUCCUCUACCACCCCGCCUCCUUCUGCUCCGCCUGCCUCCUCCUCCUCCGCCCCACGGACGCCGACGCCGACGCCGCGCCGCAGGACCCUCUCUUCGACCCCGCGCUCGCCCCGCCGGGCCCCACCGCCGAGUGCUCCAGCUGCGGCCUCUUCGUCGCCCACGUGGCCUGUGUCCCGGACCCCGUCUCCUUCGUCUGCCCACCCUGCGCCGCCGAGGCAGAGGGCCGCCCCUUCUCCUACGCGCCCGCCGCCCGCCGCGCCAUGGACGAGCUUGCCGCGCGGAUCCUCCUCGUCGCCGCCCGCCUCGCGCACGACUCCAUCGGCCGCGCCGCCGCCGCCGCCCGCGUGGACGCCGAGCGCUGCGUCCAGGAGGCCGCCGUCGCGCGGAAGCGCUCGCGGGAGAUGCUCGACGCGGCCUUCCGGGCGCUCGAGGAGGAGGCCAGGGCCGCCAAGAACAGGGACGAGGAGGCCGCCAGGGAGGCCAAGAACAAGAAGGACAAGGCCGCUGCCGCUGCGGCCCAGCCGCCCAGGAAGAAGACCCCUAAGAGCAGCGAGGCCAACAGGGACAGGGAUAAGAUGCUCAAGUUCAACGCCAUGCAGCAGCCGGCGCUCGCAUUUGCUGCCGCAGCAGCUGCGGCAGCCAGCUCAAUGCCAUUGUCAACUCCAUUGCCGACUCCACCGCCCAAGGAGGACAAGAAGCCGGCGAUUAAACAGGAGGGGCAAGGUUCAACAGACACAGUGGCAGAUGACGAUGAGAAGCCGUUGUUUGGGACCUUGCAAUCAUAACGUUGGGGUAUCGCAAUCACCGAUCUGUUUGCUCUGCUUCCAUUUGUUUGUUGUUGCUAAGUGAACCGACAAGGGGGCUUCGCUUGAAUCUAAUGAAUCCUGAUCCCGAAACCUCCUCACCGUAAAUUCUAGUCCUGUCAUCUUAGAUGAUCCUCUUAUUUAUGUAGCUGCUUCACCUAUGUCCUAUUCGUUAUUACUCAAUUGGCUGAUAAUCUAUCGCAAUCGGUGUUCAGACUUGUAGAUUGAGGAAACAAGGUGGUAACUUCUUUCCUGUUUUCGAAACCUAAGCAAGUCAAAACUUUGUUAUUCCACAUACUACACAGUUCUUCCUUUUUGUCUUGGCAUAACCUUGUUGAGUGUGCAAGUUCCUUUGCAAUAUUAUGUAAAUGCACCAAGUGGUUGUAAUCUUUAUCCCUAUUCAGUACACAAUGAAAAUCAAA